AAGAUACAUGAAAUAAGAGUGGGAGACACCUGACAACUGGGUGGAUUUUAGUGAGAUCGGGAACGACCUAAGAAGAUGGAGGAGGAAAAAGUGAAGGGAUACAUAGAGAAUUCAGCCACCAUCGAAGGAGAUGGACUGCCUUUGAGAUUCUUCGAACGCCUAAUCAUGCAUGGUCUACGCGUUGAUCUCAUCGAAACCGGUCGCGUCGUUUGCUCUUUUAAGGUCCAUCCUCGUCUGCUGAACGGUGGAAAUUACUUGCAUGGUGGGGUCACAGCGACACUUGUGGACUUGGUUAGCUCAGCCGCGGUAUACACUGUCGGAGUUACCUUCACUGGAACUUCAGUUGAGAUAAAUGUUUCUUUCAUGGAUGCUGCUUAUGCUGAUGAGGAAAUUGAGAUAGAAGCAAGGGCAUCACGUGUUGGGAAGGCUGUUGCUGUUCUCAGUGUUGAAUUGAGGAAGAAAGAUACAGGGAAAAUUAUUGCUCAAGGCCGCCAUACUAAGUAUCUUCCUCUAACUCUACCAAGUAAAAUGUAG